AUUUUUUUGACAACGUGCUUAAUCAUGAGACUUGAACCUGUGCUUCCUCAAGAUGAUCAAAAGUGAUUAUUAGCUAAAAGGGCUCGAAAUCUGAGUUAAUCACGUUCUUUUUCCAUCAGACCUCCUCUUUGCCUCUUUGGAAGUCUUUCCGGUUACGGAGUUUUUUUUCCAGGCAGCAUCCACAUGCCUAUUUGAACAUCGCUUGCCGUUAUGGAACCGCAAAAAACCGCACCAACCGUACGCGAAGGUUAUUGCAUUCACUUCCAAAUUGAGAGGACCAGUGCGUUUCUUCCUUACUCGUUUUAUGCUGCCACUGUUUCUCCCCCUUCUCAUCUCAUUCUGCCACAAAGAACAGGUGAAUACCCGAGGAAUAUAUAGUGGUAGAGGAGGGGAAAUUGCUUUGGUUUAUCCGGUGUGGGAGAGUUGUAAAUGAGAGACAAAUCGUCGCCGAACAGAUGGCAAUGAAAGUCAAAGAAGAUGUUCACAGAUUUAUCACCAAGCCACCAACCUCUCAAUUGUUUUUAGGUUAGAAAUAAACAGCAGAGGAUGUCUUCCUCUCUUUGUUAUUGAUGCAACCUCACUGUUGUUCGAUGAAACGCCUCUUCUAAGGAAUGGGCAGCAAGACAAUGAUCAAGUGGCCUAAGGAAAUCACUACAUGCCUGGUCCAACAGUUGAUCAAAGCAGAAAAAGACAUUCAUAAAGCCCUUCUGAUAUUCGAUGCUGCAACAGCAGAGUAUACCAAUGGCUUCAGGCACGACCACACCACUUUUGGAAUGGUAGUCUCACGCCUACUUUCUGCCAACAGGUUUAAGUCAGCUGAGGAUAUGCUCACUAGAAUGAAGGAGGAGAAGUGUAUGAUCACAGAGGAUGUCUUCCUCUCUUUGUACAGAGCAUACGGCCGUGUUCACAAACCACUUGAUGUGGUUAGAAUUUUCCAAACCAUGAAGGGUUACAAUUGUGAACCUACACAGAAAUCCUACAUUACAGUUUUCUCCAUCCUUGUGAACGAAAACAGGUUAAAAACAGCUUUUAAGUUUUACCGCUACAUGAGGGAAAGUGGUAUUCCUUCCAACACAGCAUCACUCAACAUUCUCAUGAAAGCACUUUGCAAAAACGAAAAAACAAUGGAUUCCGCUUUUAAUAUACUCCGUGAGAUGUCUAAGCAUGGAUGCAGUCCGGAUUCAUACACAUAUGGAACCAUCAUUAGUGGGCUUUGUAAAUUGGGGAGGAUUCUUGAAGCAAAAGAGCUUUUUGUAGAGAUGGAAGCAAAAGGAUGUUUACCCACAGUUAUAACAUACACUACUCUGAUUCAUGGUCUCUGUCUCACUAGUGACUUGGACGAAGCUUUAACAUUGCUUGAAGUUAUGAGAACGAAACAUGUCGAUCCUAACGUGUUUACUUACACAUGCCUUAUGGAUGGCCUUUGUAAGAAUGGGCGUUCUUUAAAAUCCUUGGAACUCUUAGAGGUGAUGAUCCGUGAACACAAGAUGCCAAAUAUGAUAACUUACAGCACAUUAAUCCACGGGCUGUGUAGAGAAGGUAAACUUCGUCAAGCAUUAGAGAUGUUUGAUAGAAUGAAGGUUCAGGAAUUAAAACCUGAUGCAGGAUUGUACUGGAAUAUAAUCAGUCUGUUUUGUGAAAUCAACAAGUUUCAGGAAGCAGCUAAUUAUCUCGAUGAGAUGGUUCUUAGUGGUGUCACUCCAAACCGGGUGACUUGGAGCCUUCAUGUAAAGAUCCAUAAUUCAGUGGUCCAAGGACUUAUUGAUGGUGUGAAUGAUCCAAGACGGGCUUUUCAGUUGUACUUGAGCAUGAGAAGUAGAGGAAUAUCGGUUGAGGACAAGACAUUUGAAGCUCUUGUAGUUUGCUUUUGCCAGAAGGGAGAUUUGCACAAGAUGGGGCGGAUCAUCGAGGAGAUGGUGAUUGAUGGGUGCAUACCUGGUAGAGGAACAUGGACUGCGGUUGUGGCAUCCUUUUGGGACAGGCGGAAGGUGAGGGAAGCUACUGAGUUGCUAUACUCUGAGCUGACGUCUAAACUUAUGGAGUGUUAACUUGGACAACUAUUGAGUAGUGACCACAGCAUUUGGAUCAAAAUUUAUGGGUCUGGUCUUAAUAAGUAUGGUCAAAACUAAGGGUAACACAGGUGAAGAUUUACUUUGAUUACCUGAAAUGCAUUUCGAUAAAAUUCUUUUAUUAAUUUGUUUAGUAUGCUUGGGUUUGAUCUGGUGUGAUCACUUUGAUGUAGUUUAAUAUAGUGUGAUUUUGGUAUUAUAGAUAUGAUUUUAAUAAUAGUUUAACACAAAGUAUAUUGUUCAUA